AUGCAGGCCAUCCAAAAUUCGCCCGUGGAUGAAUCCGCACCUAAGCGGGCCAAACGGCCUCGGGCUGCGCAGGCCUGCGACCGGUGCAGGACCAAGAAGUAUAAGUGCGACGAGCAGUAUCCAUGCUCGCAUUGCCGAAAGAGUCACCUAGAUUGUGUAUACCAGGGGAAUUAUAGGGAGCGUGAAAGCAACCGGUCGGCAAGUUAUGUCACCGAUCUCGAGAAGAAAGUAGAGGAGUUGGCCUCUAAGCUACGCGCGGCUGAGGCACAGAUCACAACUUCGCCACUUCCUCCAAAUGGGCCGAUCGCUCACAGUGUAGUCCCCGUGGCAUUAGAUGCCACACCUUGCUCCAUGCCACGGACGGGCUCGACGCCGCGCGAGACAACAAAGCUGCCUACCGAUCGCCCGGAAGAGUCCGCGGAGAGCGCGGACGACGAGAUUAAUGAACUGAAUCAUCAUACGAACGCGAUUGAAUUCCACGGCAGUACUUCAUCUGCAGCCGCCAUCGGCCAUUUAAAGAAGGCGCGAGAGCCAAAAACUCAUGAGGAAUCUUAUCCUCGCCCAGCAGACUUUUCAUUGAUCUCGACGCUGCAUAACCCCAGCUUCUCUCCAUCCACCACUGGCCCUAGCCAAUUAACUUCCAUUGAGCAGCAGAAUUAUUAUUUUGAUCAGGCGCAUAUUUUCAUGAAUGGUUAUUUUGAGAAUAUCCAUUUCAUCCACCCGUUUAUCGACAAGGAGGAUUUCCAAGCGCGCGCCAGCGACUUAUGGUUAAAUCGUUCCCGUACCCCCGAACCCAGCUUCGUCGCAUUGUAUUUGAGUAUCCUGUCUUUUGGAUCGCUGGUACGAGUAUGGGACGAAGAUACUCUUGCCGGCUUGGGUCGCUUUGAAUGGAGUCGGAAGCUUUUCGGCGAAGCCCAAGCAUAUCUGAAUCACUUGCGCUUCUCAAAUGAUCUUGAAACUGUUCAAUGUCUCUAUUUAAUGGCCAAAAUCUGUCAAAAUGAACUCAACCCCAAUCUGGCUUAUAUGUAUCUUGGACUGGCGGUGCGCACUUGUCUAUCUGCUGGCUUUAACCGAGAGGUCCGGGGCCCUAAUGAUCAACGUUCGAGCUGGAUCUCGAAAACUUGGUGGGGCCUAUUUUCACUUGAAAUAGAAAUGAGCUUUUCAGUCGGACGACCAGACACGUUGGGUAUGGAUGAAUACCAUAAUCGAGCUCUCCCACCCCGAGAUGACUCCGAGUAUGCCAUCAUACCGUGGAUGAUAGAUUUCGCCCAGAUUGUCCGACGGGUUUCCGUCCAGAUCUACCAUUCGCGUAUCACACUUCAGGAGAAGCUCCAGCUGGCUCUCCAGAUCGAAAUCGAGAUGGAUCGGUGGCUCGCACGUUUACCAGAAAAAUUAAGGCCAGAUAUUGGUACUUAUAAGUCGCCACGAAGCGCUCUUCGCGAUCCAAAGUGGGCAAGAAGACAACGGCUUGUACUGGGGAUUCGAUACUAUAAUGUGAAGAUGUUAUUGUUCCGGCCAUUCUUAAGCCAUUUCACCCGCAAGCUUCGACAUCCUCCAAGUGAAUUGGAGGAGACAAUCGCCAAAUGUCUGGACGCAGCCAUGAAGACGAUCGAGGUGAUACAUGACAUCUACCGAGUGCACGAAUUUUUCAGAUGCUGGUGGUACAAUACCACAUAUGUGAUGUUUGCGACAUCAACCCUUCUUCUCCCAAUGUCAAAACUCGGCAUGUGCGAGGAUACGAUGCCCCUGCUUCGCUCCGUAGAAAUGGGAGUUGAGAUCCUAGAAGCUAUGGAAGAGUCCGUUGUAGCACGGAAAUCGGUGGAAAUUAUUCGACAGUACCUACGAGAAUUCCGCGCCUCUGGCGCUCAGCACAUGGCCACAGGAAAUGGAGAGCAUGGUGAUAUGGCCGCGUCAGGAGAGCCAGGGCCUAGCCAUCCCGGCUUUGAAAUCCCAGAUUGGGCCCACGGCUUCGGUUUUCCAGACUACUCAUUCGAUGGAAUUGCCCGGUUGUUUGAUGAUAUUGGUGGACUACCUAUGCUGGAUGAGAAUAGUGUAUGA